AACCUCUCUGAAAAAUAAGAGCACCUAAAGAACUUGCUUCUACAGAUCAAAAGGAUACUUACUCUUGUGGAAUUAAAACGAGUUUGUCUAAUGUUAACAGAGCUUAACCUAACAAAUCUGGAACAUUUGAAAAAAACUGCCAUUAUGUAAAUGGUGAUAUUUAUAAUAGAAAUUCCGCGUUAAUUAAACGUUCAAAAUGUGCAUUUCUCUUAAAAUUAUAUUUCAAAAACCACCAAAAGUAUGAAUAAAUUGCAAUAAACAAAGUUCACAGAGAAAAUUGAUUUUGUUUUGACAUCUGAUCACACUGUUGCCAAUCCAACCUGAGGAAAAAACAAUAUACAGGGUCAGAUAAUACUGUCAUACAGAGAAGUUUACAGUGACUGUAUUAGGACAGUGGUAGUUCUGUUCUCCAAAGCUAAGUAAUCCUAACAAACUCUGGAGAUGGUCUCUGGAAUGGUCGUAGAGAGGUUUUUAAAAGACCAUUGGGCUGAACUGCUCUAGAAAGGACCUUGGGACUUCUAGGAAAGCUUUAAAAAAAUGGAGCUCUGGAAAGCACAUAAAAAUUAAUCAAUGCGCUUCAACCCAAACCAAAAAUAAAAUGCACGCCACUGGCUAAUUGAAAAUCAAAAUUUAGCUAACUUCAUAGAUGUUGAUAUAAAAUGGUUUAGGAGCCAAAUUUUGAAUUAUUAAUGGACACGUACAAUUUGGCCAAAAAACUAGGUUUAGUGGAAAUAAUAUCGACAAAGAAAGAUGCGGAUGGUAAAAUCGAACAGCCUUUCUCCUACAUAUUUGUACUAGAUUUCGAAGCAACUUGCUGGGAUAAACAUGACGUGAAUAAAAGACCAUUCGAGAUAAUCGAAUUUUCAGUAGUAUUAUACAGUAUAUCGCAAAAUAAAGUUGUGCAAAGUUUUCAACAGUACGUUAUGCCGACCGAGAGUCCCAAGUUGAGCGAAUUCUGUAAAAACUUCACCAACAUAACGCAAGAACAGGUUGAUAAUGGCGUGCCGUUGGGUACAUGUUUGAUGUUAUUCAAAAAAUGGCUAAACGAACAAGCGUGUUGCUAUAAAUUAUCAGUUUUUGGAACCAAUGAGCCUAAUCUUCAUAGGGCAGUGUUUGCAACCUGGUCCGAUUGGGAUUUGAAGACAUGUUUAGCUAAUGAAUGUAAAAGGAAGAGAAUUAAGAAGCCAGAGAUUUUCAAUGCAUGGGUCGACGUCCGAUUGUUGUACAUGGAACAUUAUGGUCGUCGCCCUAAAGGGUUAAAUGGAGCUCUCACUGAGAUUGGAUUGCGGUUUAUCGGUAAUGAGCACUGCGGCUUAGAUGAUGCACAUAAUACAGCGAUUCUUGUUGGUCGAAUGAUUCAAGAUGGGGUUUUGGUAAGAGUUACAAAAGAUUUAUCAUUAUAAUACAAUAUUAAAUAAAUAAAAUUGACUUAUUAUUUA